AUGUUCACUGCUAAGAUAUUUGAUUCAAGAGGAGUUCCAAACGAAUCUAGUGUGUCAAGUGGUACUUACAAUGAAGAAGCUAAGAAGUCGAGUAACUCAUUUGGAGUUGAAGGAUGGGAAGACACUCAUAUCGACACGUCUGGUGAUGCAGCUGAGCUAGGACAUUCCCUGUCUGAAGUUCAUCGGCAGCUGCGAGACUACAAAGAGUUUGGGAACUUAGAUGAUUUGUAUCUUGAUGUUGUCUCCCCUCCUUUGCAAUCAUGUAAUGACAAUGAGAUCAGGAUGAUUCUUGGUAUCGGAUCCCAGAAUCCUGAGCUGAUUGAUGCCAAGCAGAAAGGAUCGUAUGUGCUCCCCAUGAGAUCUUUCGAGCUUCUAAGGAGACACGGAAUCAAACGCUCAAGAUUAGAAGGACAAAUAUGUUAUACGGUUUGUCAGACACAAUCCACUUAUACUCAAGGUUCAAGGAUGUCAACUGAAAACAUCAUUGAACUGGCUGCGGAAAAUUUCGUCCAGCCCAUGUCAAAGACUAAAGAGAUCUCUGUAGUUAGCCAUCCGUAUCCAAGCUCAAUCACUUUAGACCGUUCCGACGACAACUUAAAAGCGGUUCAACUUGUGCAGAACCUUUUGUUGUCUGCUGAGAAACUAGAUGAAAAGAAAUACGAACAAGCUAGAAAAAUCCUGGAGGGGUGUGACAGAAUGAGUUCAUCUACAGGAACCCCCAUUCAGAGACUUGUGUUCUAUUUCACAGGAGCUCUGUAUGAGAAGAUUGAUAGGGAAAAUGGAACAGUAUCGACAAAGGGCUUAGGGAAGCAGAUUUUAGACCCUCUCGAGGACUUACAGCCUGAUCAAAGGUUCCAAAUUUCAUUUCACAAAAACCACCCUCUCUGUCAGAUUACACAGUUCUCAGCAAUGCAAGCUGUUAUAGAUCAUGUAGCAGAGGCCACAAAGAUCCAUGUUAUUGAUCUUGAUAUCAGAAGUGGAGUGCAAUCCACAAUCUUGAUGCAAGCACUUGUAGGCCGACAGGAACAUCCAGUUCAGCACCUGACGAUAACUGCUGUAGGGACCAAAUCAAAGGCCUUGAUCGAGCAGACAGGGAAACGAUUGAUGGCCUUUGCUGAGUCCUUGAAAUUGAAGUUCUCUUUUCAUAUAGUCAUGGUAGCUGAUAUCUUGGAACUCAAUGAAAACCUCUUUGAACUGAAUGCUGAUGAAGCGGUUGCUGUCUAUGCUGCCUUUGCUCUCACGUAUAUGAUUGCACAGGCUGAUCAGCUUGAACAUAUCAUGAGAGUGAUAAAAAAUAUUAAGCCGUGUGUUAUGAUUGUAGUAGAAAUAGACACAAAUUGCAAUUCUCCAACUUUUGUAUGGCGUUUUGUUGAAGCCCUUUUCUUCUACGGUGCAUUUUUCGAUUCCUUGGCAGAAUGCAUGAAGAAUGAUGAGACAAACAGAAGGCAUGCGGAGUCCACUUGUUUCAGAUCCUCCAUAAGAAAUAUCGUGGCUGCUGAAGGAGGCGAAAGGAGGGUCCGUCUUGUCGAUUUAAGCGUCUGGAGGGCAUUUUUCACACGUUUUGGCCUAGUGGAGUUAGAACUGAGCAUGUCAUCUCUAUAUCAAGCACACUUGUUGCGCCAAAGCUUCCCCUGUCACAGCUCGUGUACAUUAGGCAUGAAUGGCAAAUGCCUAACUAUAGGAUGGAAGGGGACACCUCUUUGUACACUUUCUGCAUGGAAGUUUCAAAGAGAUAUCGAUGAAUGA